UAGUACACCUAACCCGCAAGCAGAAGAAUCACCUUGCAGUCUUAGUAAUGUAAAACUUUAUGUUUACAAUUGUAUUAAAUUAAGUUGCUAGCUAGCCAUAGUUUGUAUUUGCAUUAUUUAUGGGGAAUCUCUCACUAACUUAUAGUAAUGUUUUACUGACUUAAAACUCUGGAGGUGUUACGGUUUCUUUCCCGGAAGUAGAGACCUUGUCUAACUGAUAGCAAUAGCCUAGCGGGCUAACAGAAGUGCCUGAGUUGAUCACCAGGUCCCUCUCCUGUGGGACUACUGUCAUGGCUGUGUUGUGGAGUAAAUUGUGACAACUAAAGCGAAGAUGAUGAGCGACAUAAUAGAGGAGCCUGAAAAGGACACUCUCCACGAGGCGCAGCAGGAACAAGAACUUUUGUCGGGACCAAGUAACAGCACAAGACCUAAGAUUCCAGAUGGAGGCAUCAGGCCAGUGGAGAAGAGAGGACCUUACAUCAUGUCCAAAGCUCCAGCCAUCCACCUCAAACUACAGAAACACAGGGAGAUGGUGAGGAAAGCGCUGAAGAAGAAAGCCCUCUCUGCAGGCCUUCCUGUGACACAUCAACCCAGACAGGGAGUCAAGAGGACAGUGAAGUUUAACAAGGGCUAUGCUGCUUUGAGCCAGAACGCUGAGGAAAUGUUGGUUGCGCUAGACUCAGACAGUGAUGAAGAGAUCGACUUUGAGCAGUAUUCCUCAGGAUACUCUUCAGCUGAGGUCCAUCCUGAUUUGAGCAAGCAGCUGCUUCAGGAUGGCUACCGCCUGGAUGAGAUCCCUGACGAUGAGGACCUGGACCUCAUUCCACCCAAAGCCAUGGGCUCCUCUGUGUGCUGCUGCUUCGAGUGCCCAUCUUGCCCCAUGCAGUGACGUUGAUGCUGUGACUUUCUGAAGGUCUGACUAUAUAUCCAGCUCACUAGUUGCUGGGGCCAAAGCUCUUUUUUUCUAAAGCAGCUCAGCUGCUGCAUGUUGCCUGAGGAAAUCCAGCUCUGAAGCCUGAUGCAGGACUGCAAACACUGAACACUGAGAUCGCUCAGCUUCAGUGAGAGUGCAGAAGGACAUGAGAGCAAGCCUUAUCCACUGUGACUCCAAAGCCUAACUAAUUGUAUUUAUCCUGUUUUUGCAGCAUUAUUACAAAACCGUAACUUCGACACUUCUCUGAGUUGAGUGAUGAAGUAUUUCAACAUUUGUGAUAAGACUAUGUUGACUCAAGGAGGAGCUGGCUUGUUUAUUUCCUCUAUAGUGAGCAGGUCUGUGACCUUCUAAGCAUGCCAAUAUGAUGGUUUGUGUGGGAAGUUUUAGCCCUUUGACAAAUUUGUAGUAAUCAACUGUUGAUCUGUAACUGUUAUAUAAUAAAAUGGCAUCUCACUGGGACACUGGCAGCACCUGAGUGAGCAAUAUUAGUCUUGUUUUGUUUUUACUUCGUCUGUCAUUAUAACUUACAUCUGAUUGUUAUUUGGGAAACACAGAAACUCUGAAUAGCAUGGUGACAAUACAGAUGUAGCAAGCAACUUAAAACCUAAGUGCAAAAUACUAAGAAGCACUCUGUUUAUGUUUUUGGCACACUGUAUUGCAGCUGUUUGUGGCUCUGAAUGUAUUUGUAACUACUGGGCUUAAAUUGAAGAUCAGAUUCAGAUCUUGUCAUUGACCUGCACACAGAGCUACUAUAAAACCUGGCGUAUUUAAGAGACUAAUUAAGAGAAGACAAAAGGAUUCCUAAUGGUAAAUUUAUCUUGAUUAGUUUUGUGUAGUAUUGUGGUUUAAAACCUUAUUGAGCAUUCGAAAUAACUAAGAAAACAUGUCCCUGCAUCAGAUUUGAGUUGCAUUAUAUAUGUAUUUAUCAUUAUAUUUAAUGUGUAUGGGAAAAAUACUUGUUCCAAGUUAUUUGCAGUUCAAAUAUAUGUUAAAGUUUGCAUUAGUAUUCAUAUAUUUCUUUUGUGUUCUGAUGCAUGUUGUGAUUUCCAACACUUCAGAAUGUAUCUGUUCGUUGACAUUACAAUGUUUGUUUUCAUGUUUGGGUUUAUUUUAAAACUGGACUAACACAAACUGUAAGAGAUGAAGAGACACAUCAGGUGGUUUCUGUGCGUGGAUGCACAGAGAUCUGUUAGACUCUGCAUAUAUAUAUGUAAAAUUGAAUUUGAAACGUGCACAACUGCUCAAGAGAAUAAAAGUGUAAAGCCAGGAUAAAAACCUUCUUAUGUACUGUUACAUAUAUGCAAAGCAGACCAGUUCACCACAUUGAGGAAGUAUUGGACUACAACAACACAAGUCUGUGCUAGGAUAAAGUAGGAGGGUCAUAAAUCCAGAAUUGGGAAGUGGAAUUUGUGACAUUUCGUAGUUUUAAUGCAGGUUAAUAGCUUGAGCGGAAUGCUUUAUAUGGACCUUCUGAAUUUAAUUUUUUAACCCCAUUUCUUGCUCUGUGGUGUAUUUUGAUGUAGAUUAAAUUUUGCACUUAACACCAAUUGCCAGUAGCAAGUACACUUGACUCACCUGUACUAUGCAACUAUGGGACAAUCUGCUUGUACAACAUUGUGACAAGGUUGUGUUGUUGAGUGCUGAAUGCAAUAAAUAAAUGGUUUGUUUGUUUUACAGCUGUACUUACUCUGUUCCCACUGUACUCUGUUGGUAUACAUUAUAAACAAAAAAAUCAGUUUACAUGGUUUGUAUUUGUGUUCAUUAAAAAUCCCUGGAAAUGUA